AUGGAUGAACCCGAUAUCGAAGUCUACGUAUUCCAUUAUAAUACUGUUCAAGAUCUCGACACCGACAUCGGCUACGUUGGCUUACGCAACUGGGGGGCAACACGCGCCGCUUCGAAGUUGACCACCUCAAGUGUUGCAGGCCGUGGUGGUACGCAGAUUGUUGAAUUUGAUUGGAGACCAAACUUUGUCUAUCAACUUCGUUUCUAUGACUGA